UCAAAAAGCUUAAAAAGAUAACUGAUUUUCUCAAAAAGAAAGUGCCUUCCCACCUUCCUAAAAAGUCCCCACCCCCACUAGUUACAAGUAGGGUAAUAUUGUCUUAAAAAUUCAUCUUUCUUUUUAUUUUUAUUUUUCACUUUGAUCUACAAAAGAAUUUUAUAGCUACAUACAAAUUAAAAUUUCUUCUCCAUGUUGGAUAAUUCUUCCUCUUCAGAAGCUCUUAUUAAUUCUGGGGAUUCUAAUAGAAGGAAAAGAAGACCAGCUGGUACACCAGAUCCGGAUGCAGAAGUGGUUUCACUUUCCCCAAAAACACUAUUGGAAUCAGAUAGAUAUAUAUGUGAGAUUUGUAACCAAGGUUUUCAAAGGGAUCAAAACUUGCAAAUGCAUAGGAGAAGACACAAAGUGCCAUGGAAAUUAGUGAAAAGAGAAAAUCCACAAGUUAAAAAAAGAGUAUUUGUUUGUCCUGAGCCAAGUUGUUUACACCAUGAUCCUUGUCAUGCCCUUGGUGAUCUUGUUGGGAUAAAGAAACAUUUUAGAAGGAAACAUAGUGAUAAUAAGCAAUGGAUUUGUGAUAAAUGUGGCAAAGGUUAUGCUGUUCAAUCUGAUUACAAAGCACAUCUCAAGACUUGUGGUACUAGAGGACAUUCUUGCGAUUGUGGUCGCGUUUUUUCAAGAGUGGAAAGUUUUAUUGAGCACCAAGACACUUGCACUAUAAAGAGAAUUAGGCCAAAUUUACAAACAUUGCAACCAACGACUGCUUGUUCUUCAAGUACUAGCCUUUCAAGUGACACAAAUUUACCAAAAUUAGCCAUAAUGCCUUUACCAAAUAGUACAAAUUUAGAACUUGGCCUAAGAAGUACUAGUCAUCAUGAAAAUAUUAUUGAAGAACCACAUUUGAAAUUAUCAAUUGGAUCAUCAUCAUCACCAAAAAAUGGUCAUGAUCAUGAGGUACUUAAUUUGGUUAUGGCUGAAAAGGCGUAUGCUGAGGAAGCACGUAGGAACGCGAAGAGGGAGAUGGAAUACGCGGAGAGGGAAUUCGAGAAUGCAAAGAGAAUUAGACAACAAGCACAAGGUGAAAUUGAAAGAGCAAAAAAAUUGAAAGAGGAAGCUAUUAAGAGAAUAAGUUCAUCAAUUUUGGAAAUUACUUGUCAUGCUUGCAAAAAUAAGUUUCAACAAAAUGCACCAAUUGAUAAUGUUGAUCAGUCUUCUCCACCUAUGAGUUACAUGUCUUCAGCAACAACAGAUGGUGAAAGAGAGCAAUGACCCAAAAAAUAUUAUGUAAUGUGUUGGUUAGGAUUUUUUUUUGUUAGUUGGUAUAUGUGUUCAUUGUAUUUUGUCAAUUAAUGUAGGGUUUUAGUAUGUGUUUAUUAUUAUGAAUAAGACUCAUUGUGAAUCAUUCCAACAAUUAUUUCAAA